UCCUUUUUGAUUGUGGAUCGAGUGUGGUUUCCUUAACGUAUUCUAAUUUGGCAUCUAUUUCCUGAAGACGAGCCUUAGAAGAAGUGCUGAAAGCCUUGCAUAUUCUUUGCAAUUCUAGAGAGGUUGUUCCACACAUCUUUUUAGUUUUCGAUAGGUAAUGCUUGAUGGUAGCCUCUCUUUCAAAUAUGGGGCUUAGGUCAGUGUGAAUGACCAACUUCCAAGUAUCCUUAUAGUUCACGAGGUUUCCCAUUUUUUCGAAGUAUAUCCCUGGUGUAGUAUCGAAUUCUCUUAUCGUCAAUUGCUGAGCUGGUGCGUUUUGGAUCUGGGUCGUCCCGAACCAUAGAGCGGUGACCCUGCAACAUGUGCAGUUUGGCGUUGUACUAGAGGUAAGUAGACAAUUGCCAUUCAGCUCUUGUGACGUAUAAGUUUUCGUGGCUAUAUAAAGCAUGAUUGGCUGUUGAUGCUCAUUAAGCAUCAAACCAUGUGUCCGAACAAUUCUUCCAUUUCGAGACUGUCGGCGGAGGCUCCUUUCUCUACUGGAGUGAGGAUCUUAUCUGAGGCGGAGAGGACCGCCGACCUUUUAAGUAGGGCCGAGGUAGCUCUCCGAAAUAGGAUCGAGAGGGCGCUAACCAUUUCGUUAGCCGGACUCGACUUCAUCAACAUUCGCGAAAUGCGAAUGAGAAGGCGAGUCCGGGCGGAUCUCCGUUCCUUGGUGGACUGGCACUGGGGAGAGGGAAGUGUCACGGAGCCCGACCUUAAUUCAUU